AUGGUCGAUCGAGGAAGUCAUUUUCAGCAAACGAAUGAGGAUCAUGGCGAUAGCAAAGAAACAAUCGAUAAACUUGUUAAGGGAACUUCGCCAUUAUGGAUUCAAUUGAUUAUUCUUCUUUUACGUGCAUGGUUUUUUAUAUAUGAUUGCUUAAACUAUAUACCAUACGAGCUCUUCAACUCACCCACCGCUAAAUUAAAACGAAGUGAAAGAAUAAAGGCAAGACCAAUCAAGGGUCCUGAUAACCCAUGGAUUAAUGUAGAUGGUCCGCUCACUGAAGAUUUCCCGGGUGUAGAUACAGUUGAUAAACUGUUCACAUAUGUGGCAAAAUUGUAUGAUGACAAACCGGCGUUAGGUACUCGAGAAUUACUGGAAGUGUAUGAAGAAAAACAAACAAAUGGAC